AUGCAAGUUUAUGACAAUCUCGCUCUAUAAGAAGUACAAUCUAUAAGUAUUGAUGACUCUCCUGAAAGAUUGAAGGAGAUAGUUAGAAUGAUUCUUUAAGAAUUGAGUUAGAUGGGAUAUGAUGAUGCUUGUAAAAUUCUUGAGGAUGAAUCUCAAACUAAAUUAGACACAACAUAAAUGAGUGAGUUAAAAGAAUCCUUUUUAAAUGGUGACUAUGAAAAUAUUUUGCAACAAUUAGACUUUUCAGACAUGAUCAAUAGGAAAUUAUAAUACGAGAUAUAAAAAUAAUUGUACUUAGAAAUAGUUCAAUAAAGAAAUUAUGAGUAAGCGGUCAAUUUACUAAGGUAAUUGUCCGAAUUUAAUGAACAAGAAUCUUAGGUUUUGGCUAAAAUGAUAUUUCUCCCAGAAGAUGCUUCCCAAUUAUAUGUUUAAUUGGGAAUACCUAUGGAUUAAAGGGAGUAAAGAUUGUAACUUUAUUAAAAAACCCUCAAUCUUUUAAAUUUUGGAGACUUUUCAUUAAAAACACAAUUUGAUAAAGUGAUUGAUCAGUCUUUAGAAUAUCAAAUUAAGCGAUGCCCAUAUCACAAUGAUUCUAAUGAGAAUAAGAAUUAUUCUUUAUUAAUUGAUCACAAUUGUUAGUCCUAUUAAAUACCUAAAAAUAAUUCAAUUCUUUUUCAGGGUUUCGAUGAUGAAGUGUGGAUUGCCAAAUUCUCUAAUUCAGGUACAUGGAUUGGUUGUGCAACAAAGAAGAAUUCAAUUUAUAUUAUUUCAAAGGAAUAGCAAUAAAAAAUAAGCAAAGCUCAUUAGAUGGAUAUAAAUUCGCUAGUCUUUUCAUCAGAUGAUAAAUUGUUGUUUUCAGCAUCAAAUGAUAAAAAAAUUAAUUGUUAUGAUGUAUAAACUGCCUAAAUAAAAGUAACAAUGAGUUAGCAUACCAACGAAGUCUUGUGCUUGGCUUACUUUAAGAAUCAAUUAUUUAGUGGAGGUGUAGAUGGAUGGAUAGGAAUAUGGUAAGAUAAUGGAAAAUUAGUGAAUUAGAUAAAAAGUAAAGUGGUUAAAAAUAUUCUGUUGACUGAUUAAUACUUGUUACUUCACAAUGCUGCUAUAUUUUCAAUUACUGUCAUUGAAAAUGAUUCCAAAUUCAAUAAAAUAAUAACUCAUAUGGAAGAAUAAGAAUUGAUUGUUUCAUCUGCUGUCAGCUAAAAUUAAUAAUUCUUAGUUUUAAAUGUUUCUAAAGAAAAACCAAAAUUGCAUCUCUGGAGUCUUAAGACAUUUUAAAAGUUGCAUGUUUUUUUUGGAUUUCAAGUUAAAGGCAUAGAGAUGAAAUGUUGUUUUGGCAGUAAGAAGGACAAUUAUGUUUGUGUUGGUAGUCAAGAUGGUAAAGUAUACUUUUUUAAUAAAAACAAUCAAUUACAAUAAAAUGUCAUUGAUGGACACAAUUAACCAAUUAAUUUCGUUGAUUGGCAUAGCUAGACAGCUUAAUUAUUGACAGCAAGCGAUGAUAAAACUGUUAAAAUAUGGAUAUAAGACCAUGUAGAGUAAUAAUAAAUAAUUAAUAUUGCGAAUGAAUAUGAUUAACCAAUAAAUUCUCAAUAAGGUGAGAUUGUAGAAGAAUAGGAUGAUUAAGAAGAUGAAGAAUACUAAUAAUAAUCUGAGGGAGAUCAAUCAUUUUGAUUUAUAAAAUAAAGAUCAAUAUCUAAUCCAUUAUGA